AUGUAUAACCUUCCGCUACCGUAUUCGUACUGUCAGCAGUCUCCUUGUUAUUCGGACGGUGAUGACAGGGCCUACAAGAAGAAACGGUCGGAAAUCACUGGUAAACAAAGAGUAGCAGCGAAUGAGCGAGAAAGAAAAAGGAUGAACAGCAUAAACCGUGGCUUUGAACAUCUUCGUCAACGUCUACCAACUAUGUCACAAGACAAGAAACUGUCGAAAGUAGACACUCUCAAAGGCGCUAUUCAAUAUAUCCGAGAACUACAAGCACUACUCGAACAGGAACUGCCAACAAACUCCUUGGGGAAGCAUAAAUUGCUGAUCAACAACACUCCCGAAGGAGAUGCUUUUUACAUGGUCUCAUGGCGACGAACUCCAGAAAAAUACGGCGACACCCAUUCGACUUCUAAGGGAACAAUAGUGUACCAAAAAGAUGUUUGGAUUCCAGGAACAGGAACAAAAUAA